ACAAAUCAACCCAUCUUUUUUAUUUUUCUGCUCCCAUUCCUCCUUCUAUAUACCUUCAUCUAAGGGAGGUGGUGCGCACUUUCUUAUCCUAUCCCCCCAUGGAGAAGAAUAGCAGCGAGAAAGAGACGCACGACUUCAUGAGCGUGGACUCCUUCUCCCAGCUCCCCUUUAUACGCCCGGCGCCCGUUAGAGAGAGGGGCAUUCGCCUCUUCGGCAUCGAGUUCGGCAGCAGCACGGCGCCGUCUCCAGAGUCCGAGCCCACGCCCGACGCUACCGUGCGCCACGACGCGAAGGACGCCACCGAGGACAGCGGCCGCAAGUUUGAGUGCCACUACUGCUGCCGCAACUUCCCGACUUCACAAGCCCUAGGUGGCCACCAGAACGCCCACAAGCGCGAGCGCCAGCACGCUAAACGUGCGCACCUCCAGUCCGCCCUAGCGCACAAUAGCCUCCCGGAGGGACACGUGUACGGCUACGGCCUCACCAAUUACCAAAGGCUCGGUUCUGCACCGACCGCACCCGGAGCGUACAAGGUCGGCCGCGGCUUCGAGCCGCCCACAUCCCCUCCUUCCUACUCUUCCUGGAACAACCGGUAUUACGGGGGACACGUGUCCAUCUCCCACCAGCAGCCCAUCAACGGCAGCCCCUUAUCGGGGUUGUGGAGAAUCCCAGCCGUCCAACCCAGCAGCAACCCUCACAUCGGGCUCAAUCGCGACCGUCAGUCCGCUCACCCGCUGCCCUUGCUCUCGGCGGGAGAGGAAGGAAGACCGUCGUCCGUUGGUGGGCCAUCGCAGAGCCGACACGUGUACGAUGCAGGAGCGGGCACCGUACAUGACCAUGAAACAAUCCUACACAUGCCCUUCCUAUUACUAAUUUCUAUGAAAAUAUCAAAGAACGUAGAAACCAUUCGCACUACCGGAGCAGGUUAGCGUUUUUAGGAUAGGAGGGACGAGGAUCUUUCUGUAAAUAAAUUUGAAAGUAUUUACAAAAAACAACCUUUUUUUUGUAAACCUGCAUUGCACUGUUUUCUUUCAUUCAACGACGUUCAUUUUCGCUUUAGAGACGAGAAUACAAGCACUAUAAGGGUAUUUCCGUAAAUAAAUUCGAGAGUAUUUUCAAAAUAGAGCUUCUUGUUUGUAA